AGCAAAAGCAAUCAUUUUAUUUUACUCUAUGGUAACGCAUCAGCACCGCAGAAGCGUACAUAACGGGUGGAUCGUUUUCGCGCCCGGUAAUUGUCGUCAAUAGAUUUCGAGAGAAAAUUGAAGUUUAUUAAUAUCUGUUUUAUCAGCUAUUUAAAUGGAAUGAUAGUUAUUAAUUGUAAGUGAGCUUAUUGUGAACAUCUCUUCAUUCUAUCCGUGUCAUCAUGUCUCAGGCUGAAGAACCGAUGGAAGUUGCAGAUGUUGGGGAAAAUUCAAAUGAAUCUUCAAGCGACACAACAUCGUCGCGCGGUAAGGAAGGAGAUUUCGAAAGCAAAAUUGAAACUGAUCGUUCUAAGAGAUUUGAGUUUCUAUUGAAACAAACUGAAAUUUUCUCACAUUUUAUGUCAAACACGCCCAAAUCUGGUAGUAGUCCACCUAAACCAAAAGCAGGAAGACCGAAGAAGAUAAAAGACAUCGAUUCGGGAGGAGGAUCAGCUGGCGACCAUCGACACCGUAAGACUGAACAGGAGGAAGAUGAAGAACUCCUUGCAGAAACAAACACUAAACAAAAGUCUAUAUUUCGCUUUGAAGCUUCUCCACAUUACGUGAAAAAUGGAGAGAUGCGUGAUUAUCAAGUCAGAGGUCUGAACUGGAUGAUUUCACUCUAUGAAAAUGGUAUAAAUGGUAUUCUAGCUGAUGAAAUGGGUCUUGGCAAAACAUUGCAGACCAUUUCUUUGCUUGGAUACAUGAAACAUUUCAAGAAUGUACCUGGACCACACAUUGUAAUAGUGCCAAAAUCAACCCUCACAAAUUGGAUGAAUGAAUUCAAGAAAUGGUGUCCCUCUCUAAAGGCUGUUUGUCUUAUCGGUGACCAGGAAACUAGGAAUACAUUUAUCAGGGAAACUCUCAUGCCUGGUAACUGGGAUGUCUGCAUCACAUCUUACGAAAUGAUUAUACGAGAGAGAUCAGUUUUCAAAAAGUUUACCUGGAGAUACAUGGUGAUUGACGAAGCCCAUCGCAUCAAGAAUGAAAAAUCAAAACUGUCAGAGUUGUUGAGAGAGUUUAAGAGUAUGAACAGGUUGCUACUGACUGGUACCCCAUUGCAGAAUAAUCUUCAUGAACUGUGGGCUUUACUUAAUUUCCUUCUACCUGAUGUAUUUAACAGUUCUGAUGAUUUUGACUCUUGGUUCAAUACUAAUGCAGCUCUUGGAGAUAACCAGUUGGUAUCACGACUGCACGCUGUGUUACGGCCAUUUUUGCUUCGACGUCUGAAGUCUGAAGUAGAAAGGAAGCUAAAACCGAAAAAGGAAGUCAAAGUCUAUGUUGGUUUGAGCAAAAUGCAAAGGGAAUGGUACACAAAAGUUUUGAUGAAAGACAUAGAUGUAGUCAAUGGUGCUGGUAAGGUGGAGAAGAUGCGACUGCAAAAUAUUCUUAUGCAGCUGCGAAAGUGUUGUAAUCACCCAUACCUAUUCGACGGUGCGGAACCUGGCCCGCCGUACACCACUGACGAACACUUGGUCUACAAUUGUGGCAAACUAGCAAUCCUUGACAAACUAUUGCCUAAAUUACGGGAACAGGAUUCAAGAGUGUUGAUCUUCUCACAGAUGACAAGGAUGCUGGACAUCUUAGAGGAUUAUUGUUUAUGGCGGCAGUAUAAGUACUGUCGGCUGGACGGUCAAACACCUCAUGAAGACAGAAAUAGGCAAAUAGAAGAGUACAAUGCAGAGGGAAGUGAGAAAUUCGUGUUCAUGUUGUCGACACGCGCCGGAGGUCUCGGAAUUAACUUGACUUCCGCUGAUGUCGUCAUCAUAUACGACUCUGAUUGGAAUCCACAAAUGGACUUGCAGGCUAUGGACAGAGCACAUCGUAUUGGCCAGAAGAAACAAGUACGAGUUUUCCGUCUUAUCACAGAAAACACGGUUGAAGAAAAGAUCGUCGAGCGAGCUGAAGUAAAGCUAAGGUUGGACAAACUUGUGAUACAGUCUGGUCGCCUGGUAGAUACCAAGAGCCAGCUCAACAAAGACGAAAUGCUCAAUAUGAUAAGACAUGGCGCCAACCAUGUGUUCUCGUCGAAAGAUUCGGAAAUCACGGAAGAAGAUAUUGAUGUUAUUCUGGCUAAAGGAGAGGUCAAGACUGAAGAAUUGAAGCAAAAGCUGGAGAGCCUCGGAGAGUCAUCAUUGCGAGCGUUUUCGAUGGACACCCCUGGCGCAACUACAGACUCAGUCUACCAAUUUGAAGGGGAGGAUUACAGAGAGAAGCAGAAGGUUCUACCCAUUGGUAAUUGGAUAGAACCUCCAAAACGCGAGCGUAAAGCUAACUAUGCAGUGGAUGCUUACUUCCGGGAGGCACUCCGUGUUUCCGAACCGAAGGCGCCUAAGGUACAGGCCCCACGACCACCAAAGCAGCCGAUCGUGCAAGAUUUCCAAUUCUUCCCACCGCGUCUUUUCGAGCUUUUGGAUCAAGAAAUUUACCAUUAUCGUAAAACACUCGGGUACAAGGUGCCGCGUAAUCCAGAGCUAGGACCUGAUGCAGCCAAGAUCCAAAGAGAGGAGCAACGUAAAAUAGAUGAUGCUGAAGCCCUUACUGAGGAAGAGGUACAAGAAAAAGAGCAACUGCUAACACAAGGUUUUACAAACUGGACGAAGCGAGACUUCAACCAAUUUAUCAAAGCAAAUGAGAAGUAUGGAAGAGAUGAUAUUGAGAAUAUUGCUAAAGAUGUUGAAGGCAAAACUCCUGAAGAAGUCAUGGAGUACUCAGCAGUAUUUUGGGAAAGAUGUCAUGAGCUUCAGGAUAUCGAUAGAAUAAUGGGGCAAAUAGAGAGAGGAGAAGCGAAAAUACAGAGAAGAGCGUCCAUAAAAAAAGCAUUAGAUGCUAAGAUGGCUCGCUAUAGAGCGCCAUUCCAUCAACUAAGAAUUUCUUACGGUACUAAUAAAGGCAAGAAUUACGUUGAAGAGGAAGACAGAUUUCUGGUAUGUAUGUUGCAUAAAUUGGGUUUUGACAAAGAGAACGUUUAUGAAGAGCUUCGCGCGUCUGUACAUGCUGCACCUCAAUUUAGAUUUGAUUGGUUUCUCAAAUCCAGAACAGCCGUCGAAUUACAACGAAGAUGCAACACCCUUAUCACUCUGAUUGAAAGAGAGAAUCAAGAACUGGAAGAAAAAGAACGCGCUGAGAAGAAGAAGAAGAGUGGCAACGCUAAUCCGAACACACCCGGAGGUAAUGCCACUGGCAAAGGUGCCAACGCAGGCAAACGUAAAGCCACAGAUAAUACACCUGACACGGCCCAGAAACACAAGAAGAAGAAGAAAUAAACCUAACACGGUUUUCUACGCUAGUUGAUCAUCAUUUCUUAUGUAACGUUUAUGAGCAUUGCAAUGGUAAAUAAACCUGAAGGCAUGAUUAUUUAA